AUGCCUGGGUCAGAGAAAAAUGCGCUGGAGCGCGAGCUUCGGGUGUUACAAAGGGCUAGGACCGUUGCCCUACUAAAUCGCGAGAGCACGGUCAAUCGUAUGAAGGCGAUAGCCGACUUAGCGUCUCGAGUAAAAGAUAAGCCAGAUUUAAAACCCAAAUUGUUAACGGCAGCUAGUGAUUUAGACUUUCUUUGGGAUACAUUUGUACAACAUAAUGAGGCCGUUCUGAACGCUUUGCUGGAUUUAGAAUUAGCUUCAGAAUAUUCUACGACGUUGGAGACAGAAAUCCGUGCGUUGUACAUUGAUGCCCGCGCUAUAGUCGAAGAAUUUUCGCCUCUACCCAGUAACCAGGGGAAUGGUAGUUUAUCGGGAUCACGCCAUUCAGUCCAGUCAGGUCGCACCUCCCGACGCUCUCGGCUUCCAGAGAUACCGCUGCCAUCGUUCAGUGGCGAUGUGUGUGGUUGGCCGGCGUUCCGUGAUCGCUUUACUGAUUUAGUCGUGCUGGAUGAAGAAUUAACAGACAGCGACCGUUUCUACUACUUGCUCGGCUGCCUUAGUGGCGACGCGCUAAGUGCUAUUAGUUCUAUUUCGGUAUCCAAUGGUACAUACGAACUCGCUUGGGCUACGCUGGCCGAGCGGUUUGAUAAGCCUAGGCAGCUGGCUUCCCUGAUUAUCGACAAGUUAAUGUCAGCUCCAAUACAGCCUCAGGAGUCCCUGGGCGGGUUGAAGGAGUUCCUUGCGUUAUUUUCCGAUCAAGUUGCGAUGUUACACACGUUGCGUAUUCCAAACCUUGGUGAAUUCGUAUUGUUUUCUUUAGCUUCUCGGUGUUUGCCAUAUUCCACUAGGAAGGGUUUCGAAGCAGCCAACAAACACAACUUUCCAUCUAUUCUGGAUAUGGUUGGCUACGUCAAAGAUCGUGUGACCCUUUUAGAGGCCGUGAACUUCUCGAAAGGCUCUGGGGUGUCCCCGUCAGCUCCGUACCAUAUUAAGUCCACGUCGUCAACCCAUGUUGGCAGGAAGCCAAAGGUGGCGAUGAUAACCACAAAACCAACGGGUACUGCUCCGUCAAAGUGUUUGUUUUGUUCGGGAGAUCACGUCACUACGUCGUGCAACGCGUUUGCCCAAAUGUCAGUGAGUGAUCGCGUGUCAGCUGCACGUGAUAAACGACUGUGCUUCCGUUGUCUCAACUCCACCCACUGGUCGACAAAAUGCAGAGUAUCCAAGCCAUGUGCCCGUUGCCAUGGUCGCCACCAUACUCUACUCCAUAAGGACAUCGAUACGGACUCACAACCCAUCCCCUCGACAAGUGCCUGCCACGUUAGCUCAUCGAAACAUCCUACUAUAUUGCUGGGGACCGCUGUGGUUCACGUGCGUGACCGGUAUGGAUGCAUGCAGCCGGUACGCGCCUUAAUCGACUCAGGAUCGCAGAUAAGUAUCAUGUCGGUUCCCUGUGUCGAACGGUUGGGGUUGACGCGUAAUAAGUGGACUGCUCCGUUGACGGGCGUGUCCGGGGUCGCGGUUCUACAAGUCAAAGGUAGGGUUGACUGUCUUAUUACGCCUAGGUACAAUGAUGAGCACCCCAUAGAGCUAAAGGCGUGGGUUUUACCUAGAAUAACAACUGAAAUGCCUUCGCAACGGCUGCCGCCAGAAAUGGUGAAGAAGUUUUGCCACUUGGCCUUGGCCGACCCGCGGUUUGAUAAUCCGGCUCCAGUUGAGUUAUUGUUAGGAGCUGACGUAUUCUCCCAAGUUAUGGAUGGGAAACGCGUCUUACUGGACCCCUCCUUACCUGCGGCGUAUGGGUCAAUAUUCGGAUGGAUCGUUAUUGGUCCCGUUUCCACGACAGAACCUGAUACUUAUCAGUCUCAUUCUGUUGUCACCCUUGCUGUGUCACUUGAGGACAUGGUUCAGCGAUUUUGGCAAGUGGAAGAACCUGAUACAGCCCCGGCUACAUUCCAUGAUGAGGGUCAAUGUGAAGCUGUCUAUAGCGCUGAGCGGUAUCGUGACCUUAAUGGACGAUUUGUGGUGCCCAUGCCGUUCAGGCCCGGUCAUCGUGAUGAAUCAUUCCCGGGGUCCCGCCAAAUCGCCAUACGUCGUUUCCAGAACCUGGAACGGAAGCUCCAGGCCGAUGAAGUGCUCUACGCUGCAUACAGGGAGUUCAUGUCAGAAUAUGAGUCGUUGGGACACAUGAAUAUUGCGGCUGAUGCCGGGACGUACUUCAUACCCCACCACCCGGUCUUCAAUGCGGCUAACAAGAUACGAGUGGUAUUUGACGCCUCAGCCAAGGCCAAUUCGCAACUGUCUCUAAACCAAUGCUUACACACUGGGCCGAAAUUGCAGUUGGAUAUCCUGGACAUCUUGACCCGUUUUCGCCUUCAUAAGUUUGUUUUCACCGCCGACGUGUGUAAAAUGUACCGGCAAAUCCUCAUACGCCCGGAAUAUAGGCGCUUCCAACACAUAUUCUGGCGGUUUUCACCUGUAGAGGAGCUAAAAGAAUAUGAGCUAAACACCGUCACGUACGGAGUUAAUUGCGCCCCCUUCCUGGCAUUGCGCGUACUGAAGGACAUCGCUGAUAAUGAGUGCCAGGACUUUCCGGAGGUCCGGGACGGGCUGAGAUACCAGACAUACGUUGACGACAUUUGUCUCGGAGCCGACACCGAGGAGCUCCUAUCGAAGGUACAGUCCGAGUUGAUAGCCGUGCUGGGGCGCUCUGCACUUGAACUGAAAAAGUGGUCGAGCAAUUCACCCCGCGUAAUGUCAGAGAUUGCGGAAGCUGAUCGCAUUUCCGACGUCAUCAACUUCGAUGAGAAAGAAGGAUGUAUGAUCAAGGUGUUAGGUUUGCGCUGGCAUCCGACCAAGGACGUUUUUGGUUUUGAUGUCCAUCCGUUAACAACAGUUGUCACCAAACGAUCCGUGUUAUCUAUUAUCGCCAGGAUCUUUGACCCGAUUGGAUUCCUUGCUCCUGUGAUUUUUCAUGCAAAACAUAUUAUGCAGUUAAUUUGGAAGUCUGAACUGGGAUGGGAUGACCCUUUACCACAUGACCUAGGUGUUACCUGGAAGCUGUUGCUCAACGACCUUCCAGUGUUGUCCAAAAUCGAGAUCCCGCGUUUUCUAUUGACAACCACCAGGUCCAACGUGCAUUUAUGUGGAUUUUGUGACGCGUCGGAACAAGGAUAUGCCGCGGUAGCGUAUUUGCGAGUAACGUCAUCUUCAGGACUGGUCACCGUACAUCUCCUUGGUUCCAAAACCAAAAUGUCCCCCAUGAAGACUAGCACGAUCCCAAGAUUGGAAUUAUGUGCGGCCGUGCUUCUGGCCCGUUGGUUGGCUCGCCUCCUAACAGUUUUUGGGGACCGACUCCGCUUCGACGGUAUCUUUGCAUGGUCGGAUUCUCAGAUAGUGCUAUCAUGGCUAGUUAACCCUCAUACGUGUUUCAAAGUGUUUGUCUCGAACCGAGUGCAUUUAGCCCGUCAGUUGGUACCAACCUGCCAGUGGGGUUACGUCCGGUCGGCUGAGAAUCCGGCAGAUUGUGCAUCCAGAGGUUGA